UCCCCGCCUCGGUGCGCGCGCGGGGAGAGCGGGAACCGGGGGCGGCAGCCCCGGCCAUGGAGCAGCCGCGACCCCCCCGUGCCCCCCCCGGUGGCGGCGAAGCGGGGCUGCCCCCCCCCCCCGGGCCCCCCGACGUCCGGUUCGUCACCGAGGAGAGCUUCGACUUCGGGCUCCUGUCCCCGUCCGACAGCCAGGACGAGGAGGAGGAGGAGGCCGAUGGCGAGGGGGGCUCGGGGGGGGGCUGGAGCCCGCUGCGGGGCGCGCGCCUGGAGGAGCUGGUGCGGGAGGCGUCGCGCGUGGCCGCGGAGCUGCAGCGCUGCCGCCUGCCCCCCCCCGAGCCCCUCCCCCUCCCGGCCCCCCCCCGCCCCCCCCGCAGCCCCCGCCGGGAAACGUUCGUGGUGCGGGACAGCCCCGUGCGCGCGCUCCUGCCCACCGUGAGCGCGCGCGGCGGCCCCGCCCCCCCCCGCGCACCCCAACCCCCACCCAAGGUAGGUCCCAAACCUAUUGGGGGGGGGGAGGGGGGGCGGCCCCCAAGGGACCCCCCGGCACCAGGGUGCCCCCCCCGAGCAGGGUGGGGGGAGCCCCCCCCCGGCUUUGCCCUCCCCAAGGGAGGGGGGCUGGGGUGCGGGGCAAGGAAGGAGCGCGGGGGGGGGCAGCAGCCCAGCCGAAGGCGAGGGGAGUCCCCCCCCCAACCCGCCAGCCCCACAGCAGGACCCCGGCCCCCCCCAGCCCCUCAGCCCGUGGCCCCCCCUCCACCACCCUGCCCCGGGCGCGGGGGGGCCCGGCACCCCGAGGAGCAUCACGGGGGCCCCCCCCAGCGCCCAGCACCGGGUGCAAACCGGGGCCCCCCCCAGGCCGUCUGCGGGGUCCCCGGAAGCCGGUGGCGAGCAGCACCCCAAGGUGACCCCCCCCCCCCCCCCAGGGAUGAAGCCAAGGCUCAGAUGGAGGUCUCGUCGCUCCUGGGGGGGUGA